CAUUCGCAGGGAUAGCUGAUAAGGCAAGGAUGGUUGGCGAUAAGACAAGGCCUGAACAACAAACAACGAAUCAAGUUAAGUACCUCGGCUUUUGUCUCUUUUCUGCUUGUUUUUUCGGGACUCAAAUCCUUGACCUCUUCCUUCACCUCCCUCAUUACUCAUCAUCUCAAUUGUUUACGCGCUAAAUAAAUGUCACUUACUUCAUCAUCGCACUCAACCAACCCUACUCCAACAUGAACAAUUAAUACUCUUGAUUUAUAAAGUACCUAAUAGAGAGUAAAAAAAAGCAAGAGACAGCACUGAGAGUGUGUGGGCGUGUGUGUGUGUCUGUAUGUGAGAGAGAAACUAGACCGACCCUAUAUGUACAUAAUGCCAGACCCCGAAGUCGCAACAUCCGACUAUGAGCACUUCGCCUCCAUCCCGUGGUGCGCUCGGCACCUGCGCGGCUCCCGAAUCAUCACCGGGCAGCCCGCCAGCCGGGUCUCCAAGUCCAAUGGCGAGGACUCCCUCUUCUCGCAGACGCUGAGGACGCAGUACACCAUCCUGGCCAUGCUGGAGUUCUACGAGGACCCCAUCUCCCCCACGGACCCCGUGGACUCCAUCAACACCUUCCUCACGCUUGGCUCCGGCCUCAACGGGCACCCGGACAUUUGCCACGGCGGCAUCGUCGCCGCCAUCAUGGAUGAGGUCUUGGGGCUCCUCAUACCCAUUAACCAGCAGCGGGGUUUCUUGCCCGAGAGGCCGUACUUCACCGCGUACCUCAACACGACGUUCGUCCGGCCCGUGCCGACGUGCGCGACUAUUCUCGCGCGAGCGAGGGCCGUGAAAGUCGAGGGGCGCAAGUACAUUCUAGAGGGCCGGAUCGAAGACGGAGACGGAAAUGUGUUGGCGCGCGCCGAAGCUAUGUUUGUGUUUCUACGGAGUAAACUGUAAUUGGGCCUGUUUUCCUGCAGGCGGUGGAGAAAUCGCGAGCAAGAAUGGCAUGCAUACUGCAUAUGGCCUCCCGAUCGGUUAUGAAUUUUAUGGAUCCUGUGGCUCCAGCGAUUUUUUUUUUUUGCCACGACUUGG